UGCAGUUUGUCCACCUCUACUCAAUCUGCUCGCGACAGUAAAAAAAAAUCGGAUCGAAGUGUAAAUCGGUGUGAAUUAAAUUAUUCGCUGUGAUGUGAUAAAAGCUAAACGGCAGCGAGUGCUCGUAAUAAACGCGCAAAUGUUCGGCGUAGUGUCCCCAAAUCGAAGGACCUUGAAACGAAAUUGGAGACCAAAACAAAAGUGACGUCAUAAUGGUGCUAUUUAUGUAUUUGUAUAUCGCCUGCAGAAGUUAGCUGGUAAAAAUGACACAAUAGAUUACUGAAAAAGCAAAGCAACGACGAUCCAAACGGGUCUAAUUUUUAUACAAACCCCAACACCCCCAAAGAUAUCCAAAUUAAAGAGCCCUACGAUCCACACCCGCUAAGAUGGCCAGCGUAUGGAAGCGAUUGCAGCGCAAUUUCAAGCGAGCCGCCAAAUUCCAGUUCACCGCAUCGUACCACGAUCUGCAUCUGGAAACCACCGCCAAGUGGCGGCCGUCGAACCUCUCUAUCGUUUGGACCAGAAGAUCUAGACGAGUGGCCAGUGCUCCUUUGCCAUGGGAGCCGGACAUGAUGAACCCCUUGGUGGGCAAUAUAUCCUGGCCAGUGCCCGACAAUCACACCAUAUCCGUCACCCUGUUUAAGGAUCCUCGGACACACGAGCUGGAGGACAAGGACUGGACGUUUGUCAUCGAAGAUGUCACUCCAAUGGGCAAGAAACGUGUGCUGGCCAAUGCCAGCAUUAAUAUGAGGAAGUAUGCCAGCAUAGAAUCCACUCAGCAGAGCUUUACCUUGAGCCUAAAGCCAGUCUCGAAGAAGAUUACUGCAGCCAGUUUGGAGCUCACGAUUAGCUGUGUAUUUUUGCGAGAAGGAAAGGCUACAGACGAGGACAUGCAGAGCGUUGUCUCCAUGAUGUCCGUGAACAACAAUGAUGUGGCGCCUUUGGAUGACUUGGAGGAUAUUCCAGAUCUUGAUGGCUUUAGUGAAAUUACGGACAAUUUUAAUGACUUUACACAGCAACUGGAGCAUAUGACAACUAGCCUAAAUGGCUGCAUUGAUGUGGCCACGCCUCAAAGUGUACCUUCGUUAUCAGAAGAUCCAACUCCGUUGGCCGAGUCAUUUAAUCCCUUGCAUUUUGAACUAGACGCCGACGGCAAGCGGGAAGCUGCUAACAAGUUAGACUUGCCCACAGCUGCAUCCGGUGGUUCUAGUGGUGCUGAAGAGUCCCUGAAAACGCCGAAUGGAUUGCAGCAUGUGGUGGACCAAACGCCAAUAAAGUCACCAGAUGAAGUAAAGCAGCCAAAGCAGACGCCGGUGGAGUCAUUGAGGUCCAAAACUAACGAGGACUUUGACAAAAUGGUCACCUCAACGCCACUCGAACCCAACGUAAACAAGGAUGAUGUGAAGCCAAAGAAGAAGAGGGCUUUAUUCUUCACUGAGAAGGAGGAUGAGCAGGACUUAAGGGUGGAAAGUGUGAAGGAGGAUACCACCAAGACUAUCGGCGACAACAGCACCACUAAGGAAAAGCCCAAAGAAGAAAGCCAAUCCAGUAAGGAUGCCUCAUCCGUGGUGGUUCCGAGUGCCAAGCGCCCUGAACUGCAGCCCCUAAAUCUAAAGAAGAGUUACGAACCCUCGCAGACACCUGAAUCCGCACCCGUACCCGCAUCUGUGAUAAACGAAUCGAUUGGAUCGUGCUUUAGUACGUCUGGCUCGUUGAACAACAGCCUUAAGCCGGUGGAGAAGAUCGUGCUGAAGGAGAACACGCCCGGGCAGGAUCUGCUGGAGUGGUGCAAAGAAGUUACCAAAGACUACCCCAAUGUUAAGGUUACCAACCUGACGACCAGCUGGCGCAACGGCAUGGCCUUCUGCGCUAUUAUUCAUCAUUUUGUGCCGGAGCUCAUUGACAUGUCUAAGCUGAGCGCCCAUGACGUAGUUGGCAAUUGUCGAAUUGGCUUCGAUGCGGCGGAAUCAUUAGGAAUACCUCGUGUAAUCGAGCCGCGCGACAUGAAUAUGCUCACGGUACCGGACAAGUUGGCCGUGAUGACCUAUUUGCAUCAGUUGCGGGCGCACUUUACCGGCAAGCAGCUAAAAAUUGAGCAAAUCGGUUCAACGGCAGACGAGUCGAGCUACGUUAUUGGAGACUACAAGUCGGACAAUUUGUCGCAGAAUCGCAUUAACUUUUCGCACCCCAAGUCGUUGUUGCUGCAUCAAAACUCAUUCGAUGAGGAGAUAAAUGGUUCAAAUAAAUCGGAGCAACUUUCACCCACAAGCAAAAAGGAUGUGAAGAAUUUGAUUCUGUACAACUCGAAGAAUAUUCUGGACAAGGUGCUGUCGCCCACCAAGGACAAGAACUCGAUCAACGCAUCGCAGCAUGCAAAUCAAUCGCCGAUGUUGAGCUGCCAGACAACACCGCCGCAGGAUGAAUCACUGGAUAAAGGGUCACAACCGGGUGGCAAGGAGAACAGCUCCAUAACCACCAUUGAUCCGCAGGCGGCCAGUGAGGAGAGGCAGCAGCGUCUGCUGGAACAGGCUCGUCGCCUUAUCCUGGAGACUCGUGUGAAGAGCGGUGGUUCCAUCGAGAGUCCCACCAGGCCCAAGCUGGAGCGCACCAUCUCGCCGAUCCACAACGGAGCCGAGGAAUUCUAUGCGGAGCACGCGAAAAAGCUGGAGCUUAAGGAGCCAGGCAGUCCUAGUCAUAGGUUAAGUGAUCCGAAGGUCCUACAGUCCUUCAACGCAAUCGUGGAGCGCGUCUCACCAAAGCACGAGAAGAGGGGUGACAAGCUGUCCUACAUCGAUUCCGAGCUGGAGGCCCUGGAGCGGGAGCAGGAGGCUAUCGACCAGAAGGCCAGCAAUCUGGAGGCCAAGCUGCGCGCCGUAAUGGGCGGCAAUCCAAGUAAUAAUCGUCGGGGUGGCGCUAGAAACAGCAACCCCUUCCUUAGGCUAAUCCGAAAUAGUAUUGGUGGUGGUGAUGUGAUACGUAUUAAGCUGCUCGAUUCGGAUGACGAGAGCCUUUUUGGUGGAGGUGCCGGUAGUGGUGGCGGUCGGAGCGGGGCGUGUAGCGAGGACGACGAUAGGGACACGUCCAGCGAUAGUGUCUGCAACUCAGGCGACGAGUUGCACACGAGGCUACGCCCCCGGCCACGCUCCCAUUCGUGCUUUGUGAACAAGAACCAUCAAUCGACCAUCAACACGCCCGCUCAUCUGCGCCCGCAUCAUGUACAUCACGUUGUGCCCUAUACCCACAUGCUAGACAGCUCCCCGUCGGCGCUCUCCUCGCAGCAGUCUUCCUGUGAUAAUCUGCCUGCGUGCAGCGAUGAUGACGAGGUCCUGGCGGUGGCGGCCAACGGUCGUGCGGCCUCGUUGCGGCGGCAGCAGGAUCGUCAUAGGCGACGCCGUCAGAGGCGGGAGCGGCGCUCCCAUUUAUGUCACACUCCCAAUCAUUGUGAGACCGAGGAGACAGAGGAGCAACUGCUAUCGCAAUGGUUUACGCUGGUCAACAAGAAGAACGCACUCCUCCGGCGACAGAUGCAGCUAAAUAUACUCGAGCAAGAAAAAGAUUUGGAGCGAAAAUAUACAAUGCUUAAUCAAGAGCUGCGGGCGGCGCAAUCUGUGGAAGAUUGGCGCAAAACGGAAGUUCAGCGUGAAAAGGAGCGACUGCUGCUCGAGGAACUGAUGACGAUUGUCGACAAGCGCGACCAGUUGGUUCAGCACUUGCACAACCAAGAGAUAGCGAUCGAAGACGACCAGGAGAUCGCGAGGAAACUGGAGCACGUGGACAUCAGUGCUGAAAAAGACAAAUGUGUUCUUCAAUAGAAAUCGAAAUUAACCAAACCUGACUGGAGAUUAUACUUACACACACUCAAUCUUAUCUAUGUAACUAGUUAGAUAACAACUAUGUUCAGAGACACGCGAUAAGGUCGCGUGGUUUUUGUGGUUCGGUGUCGCUUCUUAUGCAAUCGUUAUAUCCAACGACAACAAAUACUUGGACCACUUGGUAUGGUUAUUAAAAAAAAAAAGGUAUACUGUGAAACAAAACAAAUUGCUUUUGUAUUUAAGCAAAACAAUUCAAGAAAUAAGAACAAAACGUCCGUUAGUGAACUAAGUAAAAAGACAGGCACACGUUUAUACACCUAUUUACGAUAAUCAGAUCUUGGUAUUACUUUAAAUUAAAUGGUGGUAACUUUGUUUCAUGUUUCGUUGUUGUGCCAUCUGAACCACUCCUAACUUAUGUAAAUCCUGAACGCAAUAGCGAUGUGAGAUAGGGAAUUGAGGAGGCAAUUUUACGUUAGUUUUACUUUAGCAUUUAUCCCACAUAACUAGAAACGCUUCAUCCAAAAAUACACGUACACUUAUAUAUUUAUG